UGGUUCCGACCCCCUUCACGUUGCUCUGCUAGCGCAGAGCCAUUUAUACUAAGCUAACGGUUUAGCACUGCUGACCUCCGUCUUUGCGGGGUUUAUUUCCCGGGUUAGUUGUUGUACGACAGUUAGCUUCAAGAUGGCUUUGUUGACGCCAUUAUUCGCUUUUCUGUACCAUCUACCGCAGGUGUACAAGUGGCUGUUGAAGCCAUAUUACGUAGCAUCUCUCUUCAUGUCUGUAGCAUUUCUAGCUGUCCGCAAGACGCCCGGCAUCUGUGACCGUCUGGCCACACAGCGAGAAGACGGCAACUCCUGCGACUUCGACUGGAGAGAGGUGGAGAUCCUCAUGUUCCUCAGUGCCAUCGUGAUGAUGAAGAACCGCCGGGCGAUAACUGUGGAGCAACAUGUGGGCAACAUCAUCCUGUUCAGCAAAGUGGCCAAUGUGAUCCUGUUCUUCAGACUGGACAUCAGGAUGGGGCUGCUCUACCUGACGCUCUGCAUAGUGUUUUUGAUGACCUGUAAGCCUCCUCUGUACAUGGGACCCGAGUACAUCAAAUACUUCAGUGACAAAACUAUUGAUGAUGAACUGGCGAGAGACGGCCGUGUGACGUGGAUCGUCGAGUUUUUUGCCAACUGGUCUCCAGAGUGCCAGUCCUUCGCUUCUGUGUACGCUGAUCUCUCUCUCAAGUAUAACUGUGCUGGCCUAAAGUUUGGCAAAGUGGACAUUGGACGCUAUGGAGAGGUUUCCAAAAAGUACAAGGUGUCAGCAUCUCCACUCUCCAAGCAGCUUCCAUCAUUGGUGCUGUUCCAAGGAGGGAAGGAAGUUAUGCGGCGCCCUCAGGUGGACAAGAAGGGCAGGGCUGUGUCAUGGAGCUUCACUGAGGAGAACAUCAUCCGAGAGUUCAACCUGAACGAACUCUACCAGAAGUCCAAGAAGCUCAGCAAGACCAGAGGAGACAAGGUCAGCCAAUCCCAGUCCCCAGUGCCCGAGGAGGAGGAGCCAGAGCAGCAGGGAGUUGAAGCCCAGGGGGUGGAGUCUGAAUCCAAGAAGGACAAAUAGGACCAUUUGUAUUACUCACACUGGACUUGUUAAUGGAAUCUGUGGGUCCACUGUGGGUCAGCUAGCUCCUCCUCCACCUUUGUCUUCAUGCUCCUCUUCAGAGUGUUCUGUUUACUUGUGAAUCAGGCCCCGCCCCUUUCCCUGAAUGUCCCUAAUAUGUAAUUUAGCAGAGUAUCAAAGCAAACUGCAGUAAACCAUCCCAGUUGUGUGAAGAGGACCUGAGGUCACUCUUUGGUGGAGGAGUUUGGCUGGUGGGGGCUAAUGAUGGAGACGUCCAACACAGGAGCAGAACAUGUUUUAUGCUACUAAUGACUUAUUUUAAUCUUUAAUAAUUUAAAUGCAGUUAGUUAGUUACUGAUGUGGACCAUUUAGCAGCUUCGUCACACACAUUCCAUCAGCUUCUGUCGUGUUUUCUUCUUUGAGUGUUUUUACCUGCUGACCGUGACUGUGUGCAGCUCCCAGUCAGCUGUUUCUUUCUUUGGACACACCUUACAGGCCCUGACUGGCAGCACUUAGUAGUCAGGUUGAUUUAAAGUAGCGGUGAUUCAGUGAUCCUACGCUUCCCCCCAGUUUCUCACCUGGUCUCCAGUCUGCUGUGUAUGACCCGUGUUCUGCAGUUGCCUUUAACAGAUGGUGUAAAACACGUUCAGGUGUAACUCCCUACCUGACGAGCCCACCUUUGUUUUUAGUUUGACUUCAUAAAACUCUAAAUGCAAAGGACUUUUUUCUUAAACUUGACUACAUGCAUGUGCAAGUUUACAUUUUAAUCUAAUAGACUAAAUAAUACAUCAAAUAAUUGCUGGCUUGGGAUCAGUGAAGCAGUUCCAGGCUUCUCGGCUGUGCUUGGUUCCUGCUCGUGCAGAAACCUGAAAAUGAGGCAUUGAAUCUGUGUGAACUGCAGUAACCCCCUAAGAACCAUGCAGCAGUGUGGCAGCACUGUUUGCUGCUCCAACGCCAGGACACGGGGCGGUGCACACGAACACAGCUCACUGCAGAUGCUGACCUGAGCAGUGAGCUGCUGUAGACUAUAAGUAGCUGAUGAUUCAACCACUGCAAAGAAAGUAGCAGUGAGUCAGGCCGAAGUUUGGGGUUCGUUCAACAGGAGUUUCAUUUCUUUCUUCCUUCUUCA